AUGUUUAAUGAUUCAUUAUACAAAAAUAGUGAAGUUGAGAUUAAGCUAAUGAUGGAUAUGGAUGAGUAUUUGAUGAUGGAAAAUGGGAUUCGUGGAGGCAUGACAAUGAUUUUAGGAAAGGUAGGUCCAGAAGAAAUACCCGAUAUACAAAAUAUAGCACCUGAUGCGGAAAUAGGAUACAUGCUCAAAGUUGAUAUAGAGACCCCAAUAAACUUGCACGAUUUCUUUGCAGAUUAUCCUUUAGUACCGAAAAAGCAAAUUGUAUCAGAAAACUGGCUUAGUUUAUAUAAUGAAAGAUUAGUAUAUGACAAAGCACUAUACAUGAAGUAUGGAUUAAAAAUUACAAAAAUCCAUAGCGCAUUGAAGUUUAGACAAUCUCUGGAUGGUGUGAUGUAUUACAAGCUAAAAAAUAACGUCGUAUUUGGGAAACAAAUGGAGAAUGUUCGCAAACACAUGAGAGUGGAAUACUUCGAUCUGGUCAGGACAAAAAACUGA